UUCUCUCUCUACCUAUGAUCAGUUAUUGUUUCCCACCCUUUGCUUUUUCUUUGAAGUAGAAUCAAAGAAAGCUCAAGGGGACUUCUAAAGAAUCAAACUUUUAACUUGGGGUGUUUUAGUUUAAUGCAUUUGGUAUCAGAAAGUGUUGGUGGUCUUGAUUGUUCUUCUGGGUGAGGCUAUCUGCUUCGUCAAGUUGUGGUCUUGUUUGUUGCCAAGUGUCCACAAAGGCAACCGGGUUCUUGGGAAAGUUGUAAAACUGUUUGAGAAGCCUUGUGUGAAUUUUCUUGAGGUUUAAAUUUAAUGGAAUCCUUUAGGUGUUUGCUGUUUAUGAUGCUUUCUUUUGGGUUAUGAAUAAGAUACCCUUAAUGGAGUCAAUUGUUGAUGGAGUUGAGGCUUUAUCAGAGGUUCAGAAUUCAUUUUCUGGGGUAAAUCAAGAUCCUCCUUCAACAUCUGGGACUCCGCGUCCUUCGCGGCCUCCUUUGAGAGCAUCUAGAAACCAUGGAGCUUCUUCAACAUCAUUUUUGGGUGGUAACCAAACCAAGACCAUCAUCCACCAUAAAAAAAACAGCUAUGUAAUUAAUCAAAAGCAUUCCUAUCAAGAGGGUAACAAUGUGGAGCAUGAAGGAUUGCCAACAAAGUUUUGCAGCAAGCAACCAUUUGAUGACUCCAAGAAUUGUUGUGAGUCAAGUAAAGAGUUAUUAGAAUCCGACAAACCAGCCUUUGCUAAUCAAGCAAAGAGUUACUGUCAGUCAGAGGUUACAUUUUGUCCAAGUCCUCAGAAUAGUUUCUAUUCAGCCACUGUCUAUUCAGAAGCCAAACAAAGUUUCACCAAUACUGAAGUCAGUGAGCGUGCAAGUGUAUGUGAGAGUGGCGAGGUGGCAAAUUCCUGUGAUUUUAAUGAGAGCAGGAAGACCAGCAUAUGUAGAGUGAGUACUGGAAGUGAUGUUAGUGAUGAGAGUAGCACCAGUAGUUUGAGCAGUGCUUUGUAUAAACCUCACAAGGCAAAUGACAUACGAUGGGAAGCAAUUCAAGCCAUUCGAGCUCACGAUGGGGUGUUGGAAAUGAGGCAUUUCAGGUUGUUGAAGAAAUUGGGAUGUGGAGACAUUGGAAGUGUGUAUCUAGCAGAACUGAGUGGCACAAGGACUUCUUUUGCCAUGAAAAUCAUGAACAAGACAGAGCUGGCGAGCCGCAAGAAGCUUCUGAGGGCUCAGACAGAGAGAGAGAUAUUGCAGUCUUUAGAUCAUCCUUUUCUACCCACAUUGUAUACACAUUUUGAGACAGAGACAUUCUCCUGCUUGGUAAUGGAGUUCUGCCCUGGUGGGGACCUGCAUGCACUCAGGCAAAGACAAACUGGGAAGUACUUUUCGGAGCAUGCUGUCAGGUUUUACGUGGCAGAAGUUCUCCUUGCCUUGGAGUACUUGCACAUGCUUGGGAUCAUCUACAGAGACCUCAAACCUGAGAAUGUGUUGGUGAGAGAAGAUGGUCAUAUAAUGCUAUCAGAUUUUGAUCUCUCUCUAAGGUGCACUGUCAGUCCAACUCUAGUGAAGUCAUCAAACUAUAGCUCAGAGACAAAAAGCUCAGGAUACUGCAUUCAGCCUGCUUGCAUUGAGCCAACAUGCGCAAUGCAGCCGGACUGCAUCCAACCUGCAUGCUUCACGCCACGUUUUCUAUCUGGAAAAUCGAAGAAAGAAAGGAAGUUUAAGCCAAAGAAUGACAUGCAUCAUCAGGUGACCCCUCUCCCCGAGCUAAUUGCUGAGCCAACAAAUGCCAGAUCAAUGUCCUUCGUGGGGACACACGAAUACUUGGCUCCUGAGAUCAUCAAGGGAGAAGGGCAUGGCAGUGCUGUGGACUGGUGGACAUUUGGGAUAUUCUUGUAUGAGCUUUUGUUUGGCAGAACCCCGUUCAAAGGUUCAGCAAAUCGAGCAACGCUGUUUAAUGUUGUUGGACAGCCUUUAAGGUUUCCUGAGUCUCCUACUGUCAGCUUUGCUACUAGGGACUUGAUCAGAGGUUUGCUUGUAAAAGAGCCUCAGCAUCGUCUUGCCUACAGACGUGGUGCUACCGAAAUUAAGCAGCAUCCAUUCUUUCAGAAUGUUAACUGGGCAUUGAUCCGUUGUGCAAAUCCUCCAGAGGUUCCAAGACAGGUAAUGAAAUUGCCACAAACAGAAAAGGACCUUGGUGUGAAGUCUUCUGGUAAUUAUUUAGAUAUUGAUUUCUUUUGAUCCUUAUGUCUUUCUUUCUUCUCCUUUGGACUAGUUUCUAGUUUUCAUCUCUCAUUUGUGGUGGUGUUUCAUGUUUGUAUGUUCAUGCUUCUUUCCUUUGCACAAAAAGGAAACUCAGCACUUAUAAUUGUCCAUGAUAUAAUCUGUUGUAAGAAAUUCCAAAUGCCU